GUAAGAUGGAAAAUACACAACAGCCACAAAAAACCCACAUACGCACGUACGCGUGCACAUCCAUAGCUGACAAUAUAUGUUUAAUAUUCUGUGCCAAGCACAUAUUUGGCGUUUUCUCCCCACCAGUAGGACGUUUCUCCCCACCAGCCGGCGUUCGAUUGUAGGUCUCCGGGCACACGCCUACUGUCCCCACAUCCAUUCCUGCCAUCCCUAUGGCCCCACCUUCCCUAUUGACAUCUCUCUGGCAUGCCAGCCACCCCUGGUGACAGCUCUAGGACUUUCCCAGGAGACAUGAAAGUCUACUAGGCCCAUAGCACGCUCUAUCCCAUUCCACGCCCACAACAUUCUUUCCCAUCCAGUGCAGGUGAAGAUGCUACCGCUGUCAGAGACCUGUUGCCAUGAGACGUAAUAUAUUCACAGGUCUUCCCUUCUUCUCUCUCUCCUGUCCUUCUUUUUUUCUCCCGAGAAACAGGAGUCUACUAAUCAUGUUGUUGAAGUCUUUACUUUGGGUGCCUGGGUGGCUCACUUCAGCUCAGGUCAUGAUCUCCCAGCUCAAGCGUUCAAGUCCCACAUUGGGUGACCUCAAGUGGCUCAGUCGGUUACGCAUCCGACUUUGGCUCAGGUCUUGAUCUCACAGCUCCUGGGUUCAGGCCCCGCAUCGGGCUCUCUGCUGUCAGUGCACAGCCCGCUUCGGCUGCUGUCUCCCUGCCUCUCUGCCCCUCCCCAGCCCGUGCUUUCUGUCUCUCAAAAGUAAAUACAAACAUCAAAAAAAUUGUUAAUAAUAAAAUAAUCUUUUUACUUAGCAAUGUUGGGAAUUUUCCUCUAGUUAUCUGUUAACAUCGGGUUUAAUUGCUGUGUGAUAGCCCACUAUAAAGGUACUCAAUAGUUCAUUAACCGUAUUCUCAGAAUGGGAUUUUUCCUAUUUGUUCCCAGUUGUAACCUUGGUUAUAAAGGUCAUUGGGUGUGUGUUUCACUUACGUCUGCAUAUCUCUCCUUGUUUGCUUGGGAUAAAUUCCUUACAGAAACACUAAGCGAUUCUGGUGGAAUUUUGGCUUCUAUAUAAAAUCUAGUACCCUGAGUGCUGGCUAGCUGACAUUAUGUGAUUUUUUGGUAGCCUCCUGUCUACAGAAGCCCCAUUUGAAGCUAUUCCCAAUCUUCGGUCAAUUUCUCACAAAUGAGGAAUUAUUGUACAUACUCCAUGCUAUUUUACCCACGUGGACUAUGUGUCAACAAGCCUGUAAUCCAAGCCUCAACUAGGAGGAGGUCCUUUCCCAUGAAUUAAGGGUAUCUUUCCUAAUAUGUCAAAUGUCCAUGGUCUUUCACAACUGAAUCUUGCCCUUGUGGGUACCACUUCUGCUAACACCUACACAUAUAUGUUGCCAUAGCUUUUUUUUUAAUUGAAAUUUUUGUUUUAAUGCUUAUUUAUUUUUGAGAGAGAGACACAGCACAAGCAGGGAAGGGGCAGAGAGAGAGGGAGACACAGAAUCAGAAGCAGGCUCCAGGCUCUGAGCUGUCGGCACAGAGCCCGAUGCAGGGCUUGAACUCGUGAAUGGCGAGAUCAUGUCCUGAGCCGAAGUCAGACACUCAACCAACAGAGACACCCAGGUGCCCUGGUGUUGCCAUAGCUUUAAAAAAAAAAUUGUCAUUACUUCCUGAUGGUGUGGGUUAGAUACCAUUUCUGGGGGACAAGAGAGCAAAUGAGUAGGAGACAGGUCUGAAUCAGAUACAUCUUAAAAGUGGACUUUGAUGGUCCAUUAGUAAACAUUACCCGCCCUCCCCCACCAAAAAAGAAAACUAAAACUAAAACAAAACAAAACCAAAAGAUGAUAUGCAAAGAGAAUACAUGAUUCAGAAAAGAAACCAAAGAGGUGCGGUGAUCAGUACAAGACGGAUGUUGCCUUGGAGUCCGGGACCUAGCAACCGAGAACUUGGAAGGCGCGGACAAUGGGUGACAGAAUGUGCUCACAGUUUAAGGCUGAGGAGAGGAGAGGGCCUUCAGACUGAGCUCCAGUCACGCUCGGUGGCUGAGUGCUCCUGUCUGCCCGCUCGGUGGCUGAGUGCUCCUGUCUGCCCGCUCGGUGGCUGAGUGCUCCUGUCUGCCCGCUCUGUGGCUGAGUGCUCCUGUCUGCCCUGCCGAGGGGCCGGCCAUGGACAAGCGAGGACGCUGUGCUGGAUAGAGGAACAGCCUGUGCUCUGCGCGUCUGACCCAGUACCCAACCGUCGUCCUCCCCAGACUUCUGUUGCGUCGGAGACUGCGUCACUGGACAGUGGAGACCCCCAGUACGCAGUUUCCAUGGCCUUGCCGCUGGGUGCCAACAGCUGCCAAACGGCAGGCUUCGCCCUAGCCACCAUAGGAUGGAUCCUCACCAUCACUUCCAUGGGCCUCGUGGAGUGGCGAGUGUGGCACAUAGGGAACACCUCUCUCUCUUACUCCGGAGUGGUCUGUGUGGGAAUGUGGAAGGUGUGCAUUUACCAACAUGUCCCCAACACCAACAGAUCUGCAUUGUGUUACCAUUACGCCUACAAUGAUACUUACAUCCCUUUGGAUAUUCGUAUUUGUCAAAAUCUCCUGUUGGUCGCCAGCAUCCUAGGUCUUAUGGGGAGAGUCUCCAUCAUCUUUGCACUUAAAAAUCUGUGCGUUGGAAGUGGUCAGAGGAAUGUCACCUUCGGUCCACUUGUUGUCUCAGGAAUUCUGGACAUAGCUGCCGGUAUCUGUAUCUUGAUCCCUGUGAUCUGGAAUUACCGCUCCGUGAUGAAUGAAGAGGGUAUUGCCUUCCCACCAUUUCUCUCUAUACCCUUCAAGCCCAAUACUCAGGAGCUUGGCAGUGCCAUUCUGGUGGCAGGCCUGAGUGCCAUCAUGAUGCUGUCCAGCGGAUUAAUUUUCCUCUUUUACAGGUGCCCCAUAGCUCGCCGAGUGCAUCCUCAAACUUCAGAAAUAUAAACUCUUGGUUGCAUUGGCUUUCCAAAUUCAAGAUUACCAAGCAUUUGUGACGAGUUCUAGCAGGAUGCCCUAUCAAAUAUUUCCAACGAUUCUAGACCAUGCCAAGGGUAGUUGUGGGCAGAAAGUAGCCAACUAUUUCCAUCUGCUAUUUUCUACGUCUUGGGUUCUUUACAAGAAAAUUUCACUUAAAAAAAAUCUUCCCCACCUGUUGGUUGGUCUUACUGAGUCUGAAUUUCAAUUAUUGUUGAAUAAAUAAUCUAUAC